AUGUCGGACCAGUCAUCCCUCCCAUACUUAAGGAUUUUGUUUAUUGGCUGUCGUGUUGUGGCAAGCAGCAAAGGAUGAUGCAAAGGAAAGGCCUCGUUUAAUGCAGGAGUAUUGGUUGAGCUUCCUGAGCGCAAGAAUCGCAUGAGAACUCUUGUUCUUGGUGUUUUUGAUGAUGGUCAUGCAGCUUACCUGGCACUUCCAGAACUUCAUCUUGUCUGCAAACAAUGUGAGAAACUCUUCCAGGAAAUGCCCACGCCUCAGCUCAACACAGCCCUCUUCGACAGCAGUUCCCUCAGCGACUGUUACUUCUGCAACUGUCACCUCAAAAGAGCCGUAUCCUGUGCAGCACCAACCACGUCAUAUUGGGCUCUAUAUUCUAGAAGUGCAAAACGACCUGCCCCUGAUGAGGAAGAAGAGUGUUUUUCAAUGCAACACCAGAACAAGUCCAUUUACUUGAAUCAUCGCUGUUGUCCAGCAUGUCUGGAUGGGGUGAGACCGUCUCAAGGCGACAUGCAUCGUGGUCAAAAUCCACUUCUUAUACCACUGCUUUUUAAGUUUCGGCGAAUGACGGCUAGAAGGCGCAUCGAUGGAAAGGUGGGUGGCGUUCGUUCUCCGUGUGGGCGGAGCCUGUGCGACAUGCAGGAAGUGCAGGAAUACUUGUUAGAAACACGUUGUGACUUCCUUUUCCUGGAAAUGUUCUGUAUGGACCCGUUUGUUCUUGUGAAUCGCGCCCGACCUCCUUCCACAUCAACCGGCAAGCCUCACCUCUACCUGCCGGACAUAUCAGAGGGCAGAGAGGUGUUGCCGGUGCCCUGCAUUAAUGAAGUGGACAAUACGCUUGCUCCUAACAUAAGUUACACCAAAGACAGGGUUCCAGCUCCGGGUUUUUCAAUCAAUACAAGCCCAGAUUUCUUGAUCGGCUGUGACUGCACAGAUGGCUGUCAGGACAGGUCAAAGUGUGCAUGCCACCAGCUGACCAUUGAGGCUACGUCCCUAUGCAGUGGAGGUCCAGUGGAUGUUAGUGCUGGAUACACACAUAAGAGAUUGCCAACCACCUUGCCAACAGGGGUGUAUGAGUGUAACCCUCUGUGCCGUUGUGAUCCGAGAAUGUGCAGCAACAGGCUGGUUCAGCACGGUCUGCAGCUGCGGCUGGAGCUCUAGACACAGCACAAGGGAUGGGGCAUCCGCUGCAGAGAUGAUGUGGCCAAGGGUACUUUCGUAUGUGUUUUCACUGGUAAAAUAGUAAACGAAGACCGAGUGUAUGAAGACGACACCGUGUCUGGCAAUGAAUAUUUGGCCAACCUUGACUUCAUUGAGGGUGUGGAGAAACUGAAAGAGGGUUAUGAAAGCGAGGCGUACUGCUCGGACACAGAGGUGGAAACCAACAAGAAGACCAUAACAAUGAAAACAGGGCCAUUAUGGAAAAACACUCUCUACCGAGAAGACUCCAGCAGUGGUGAAGAAAGAGAAGAACUUAUGGAACUGGACACGGAACGAGAGGAGACAGAAGUGAAUCACAUGUUCUUAGAUGAGAGAAAACUAUCCCAUAAGCCACAUGAAACAUAUAAAGAUGCUCAGAAGAAAGUGAUCAAACAAAUGAGAGGGGACGGUGAAGAAACCUCAGGUCCAAAGCGUUGCUUUGCCAUAAAGUCAUUCCAGAGGAGAGUAAAACCUCCAGAAACCUUGGACGCAAAUGAUGAGAAAACAAGGACAGCUGUAACAGGCAGAAACACCCGCAGACUGUUCAACGGCGAGGAGACUUGUUACAUCAUAGACGCGAGACAAGAAGGCAACCUCGGCCGCUUCAUCAACCAUAGCUGCAGUCCGAAUUUGUUUGUUCAGAACGUCUUUGUGGACACACACGACCUUCGGUUUCCAUGGGUGGCAUUCUUCGCCAGCAAGCGCAUCAAGGCGGGGACGGAGCUGACGUGGGAUUAUAACUAUGAGGUUGGCAGUGUGGAGGGGAAGGUUCUGCUCUGCUGCUGUGGCUCUCUGCGGUGCACAGGGAGGCUGCUCUGAUGUACUGCUUUCAAGAAAAAACACUAAAGCUCUCCUUGAGGUGUUAUCAUUGUAAACAGUUUGACCAAGCCAUCAGAAGCAUAGCUGAGGCACUGUUCUGGAAGAGCGUUCCAGUCAUGACCCACUGAAUAUGAAAAGUAUAAAAUAUAUUAAAGUUUGUGUCAUUGCUUUUA